AUGACCUCUAGUCCUCUCGAAUUUGAGGGACACUUGAAAUUGCUCGAGAAUCAUAUAAUAAAGUCGCCCUUUUACGACCUCAUCACAAUGCCAGACUUUGCCCUUUGGAGUGCUGGCGUGCGCAUCAUUCCUGUGUUUACAUCUCCCACAUACCAUACCUCACCACCCAUAUCCUGGCUCCAAGGCUUGUUUACAUCAUGCACACAACCAGAGUGGCGGUUUCCUGAAGUGGCUAUCAGCCCUGGUCUUGAUGUUGGUAAUUAUUGGCCAAUGAAUGGCUCAUCUGGAGCUAUUGGCAUAUCACUGGCAAGAGACAUCAGCCCUCAGUCAAUCACGGUUGAACAUGUCCUAAGACAUCUGUCCCUGGACAGCCACAGCACACCAAAGCAUUUGGAAGUAUGGUCGCCGGUUAUGGAUAGAAUGAGCGAUGAAACCAAGGGCAUGGCUACUGUUAACUUCCCAGAUUUUCUGGCACAGUUAGGACAUUCUUCCACCGAUGCACAACAAUGUUUUGUUUUUUUAUCAGAAAUGAUCUAUGAUGUGUUAUCUGUUGAUCACAUUCAGAAUUUUCAACUACAGCAGAAAUUAUUGUGCAUACCUAUUAUUAUCAUCGUAGUGAAGAGUAACUGGGGAAACAAGAACUUUACCUGCUUAUACUGCAUUCACAUCCAUGGAAUUCUGUAUCCCAAUGGUGUAGCCUUGACUUAG